UCGUAAAACGGUGUCCAAACCAUACACGCCAUGAGAAGGAGAUGAGAACAACCGUAGUUAAUUUUGGACCGAACAGAGACAAAGUUCGGGCAAGAAGCGUUGGCGGAUCAAAAUCAUUGGCAGCUAACCAACCGAAGUCCUAACCAUUUCAUGGAUCUUAUGAAGUCCGAACCGUUACUUUCCCCUCCAUUUCUCGCGCUCUCCGUUAGCCUCCUUUCUCAAAACUCUGGCACAAAUUCGGCCAUUCCAAGAAAAUAAAGGGCUCCUUCGUUGCUUGCACGUUCUGCAAGAGAAGGGGAAGAAGAAGGUGGAGAUGGUGGAGGAGGCUGGGCCUUGUCUUGUACACUGUUUGGGGUCCUCAAAUGAACACCCAUUUCUUCACUUUCUCGUUAAGGGAAUCGUCCGAAAGGCGUCACCUUGACUAUUAUUUAUCCCUUGCCUAUUUUCUGGAAUCGGUGUGAGUUAAUGAUUUCAUUGCGUGGAUCUCGACAUGUGGUUGUGCUUUUUUCAAUGGUUUAGGAAAGGGCUCAAGUUAUCUUUCUGUUGGAAUCCUUCACCCCUACUAAUGAAGUUCUAAGCCUAUUCUUUCUCCAAUGGAAAAAGCAUUCGUGGAAAAAGAAAUAAGCGCCUCAAAAGAUGGGGCAAAGACAAAAUGUAGUCAUGCAAUGUCCCGUUCAAAUAGUUUUGGCUAUGUCCGCUCUCGGUAUCUCAGAGAACCGACGGAUUCAUGUCAUAAUUUAUGCAAGUAUGGGGGGAAGCAUGAGCCUGAACGUGAUGAAAAACGUCUCACUUUCAGAAGGUUCAUGGCAAAUAGAUUUGCUUUAGAAACUGUGGAAGAUCUUCUGAGAGGUCAACCUGCCAUCCAUAAAACGAAAAAAAAGGUGAUAAAGAUGAAGCCUUCUGAUACAACCAAAGCCUUGGAGCUAAAUAUUCAACCAAAUGAAGUUGGGAUAUCUGAUAACUCUGUAAAAACUGAUAUUUUGACUCCCUUGUUCAAACAUCAAAGAGCUAUAUCUUCUCCGCAGUUCAUUCUUACAGAAGACUGGAAGCAGCAUGCUGGAUCAUCAUUAGGUAAGGAAAUUGGGUCCAUCAACGUUGCUUCAGAGGCUCACUCACCACCUGGUGGAAGCAAGGAAUCUUUAGAGAAGGAGAUUCUUCCUAGAGUUUCAGAGCAGAAUAUUCGAGCACAAGUUGAAGAAGACGAGAAAGCUCUGCUACAGUUCACGGAGAUUAUUGAAACUGAGAACAAUAACAAUGUCGACUCGGGGGUUCUUUUACUUGAAAGUAAAAGCUCUGAAAUUUCCGGACAAGAAACUGAGAACAAUAUUAAUGUCGACUCGGUGGCUCUUUUACCUGCAAGUAAAAGCAAUGAAAUUUCCCUACAAGAAACUGAGAACAAUGUCAACAAUGUCGACUCAGGGGUUCUUUUACUUGGAAGUAAAAGCAAUGAAAUUUGCCUACAAGAAACUGAGAACAAUGUCAAUGUCGACUCGGGGGUUCUUUUACUUGGUAGAAGUAAAAGCAAUGAAAUUUCUCCACAAGAAACUGAGAACAAUAUCAAUGUCGACUCAGGAGCUCUUUUACUUGGAAGUAAAAGCAUUGAAAUUUCCCCACAAGUGAAUCUCCCAGAACUUCCGGAUGAUGAAAUAAUUCAUGCGAGAUUUUUGAAUCGUAGCAAGAACAAGGGAAAGGUAAAUAAACCGAAUGCUUCAUCAAUGUUGAAACCCACUCAUGUAAAAAGCAACAUUGUCAAACUGAAGAACUCGUCAGCUUCCACCGAAGCUGAUUCAAGAAGAAACACAAAUAUCUCUGAGGAGAAGGUUCUGUCAAACCCGAAGGAACCAACUACAUCGACAGCACUCGAAGUGAUCAAACCAAAGAAGAUAGUUAGUAGGAAACAAUCUGCAUCUCCUAAGCUUCAAAGUAAUAAUCAAAAUGCUUCAUUUCCUUCCAGAAAGACAAGUGGUUCUGUUACUCCUGCAAUAUAUUUGAAUGUGAGGACUCCAAUGAUGAUGUCAAUACCUCAAUUGAAUACUUCUAGAAGCAUAAAUGGUAGGAUGAAUCGGGAGGAAAAAUGCCUAAAAACUAAUGAGAUGCCUGAAGAUUGGGAGACGAAGUUAUUGAAGCCUCAAGGGACUUAUAUUUCUUCUACUAUACCUGACCAUAGUAGUGUGAGCUUGAAGGCAAGAAAAUCCAGAAGGCAUGUAAUACUGAAGAAAUCUGGUAAAACAAAAGAUGAUAAUGGUGAUUUCAAUGAGAAAAUAUUGAAAGUUGUUGAACCAAAAAAAUAUGGCAAAGGUCUGGAACCUCAUGAUAAAUUAAGCAAGGUACUUGACGGACAUGCUUCUAAUUCUGCUGUUGGUGAAGCUAGUGAACAUUCAAAAGGACAAAACCUGAGGAAAUUUAAACGUAUUUCUUCCAAAGAAGAAGACAAGAGACCGGCAAGAAGAACUCCAGCUGUUCAGCAAUCAGAUGGCAGCUCUUCCUCUCCUUAUAAGUUGAAAUUUAAGAGGGGCAAAGUGAUUGAACUCCGAACAGCUGACAGUGUUGGUCCUAGAAGGCUUAAAUUCAGGAGAGGGAGAGUCCUUGGUGAGAAUCCCAUUGGUGAAGUUGCGAAGAGAAGCUUCAGGAGGAGGAGAGACAUAGGAGACUCCAAUGAACAUAAGUCAGAAGCUCAUGCUGUCAUGUUGAAGAAAGCCAAUCUAGAAUCUAAAGUUGGCAUGUUUAAGUAUGAAGAUGCACAGGGAAAGAAGGAGAUUCGAGCUCUUUUCAAUCAUGUAAUUGAGGAAACAGCAAGCAAGCUUGUUGAAACCAGGAAGAGUAAGGUGAAAGCCUUGGUGGGCGCUUUCGAGACCGUCAUUUCGCUCCAGGAAGCCAAAUCAGCAUCACUGCUAUGACGUGCCAUUAGUCGCAUUCCUGUGCUAAGCUGCUUGGCGGUACUACUACUUAAUGCUAAGCAUACUGUAAAAACAGCUCUCAUUUGUAGCAAAUAAGAGUGGAACUGUAUAACGCAAUGGUCUGGGAAGGCUUGUUCAUAUUAUUUUUAUUAAUUUGCUUCGAAUUUUCAUAGAGAACUUGUACAAUCCUUCUUGGUUAUGAAAUGUAAAUCGUGUGGUAUGGUGUAAGUAA